AUGAGAUCUAAUCAUUAAUACAAUUAUAAUUAUAAAUUAGACUAAAUAUUUUAGAGGGAGAAGUAUAUAUUUAUUGUAAAAUAGAUCAUAUGAUCUUCAUUUAAAAAAGUUGAAUGAAAUCAAAACCAAAAAAACUUAAUCUUAAUAAAGAGUAUAACAUUUAGAAAUCUUAGAAAAAAGAAAUAAUAUUAGAUAAUAAAGAAGACGUUUCGAUUUAAAUGGUAUUUUUUAUCUAUUAUUCAUUUAGAAUAAUCAGAGCGUAUAAACAAGGGUAACAGCUAGUUAUAUUAAAAAAUAACAGAAAUUUGCAAUAGACCAAUGUAAUAAGAUUACUAUAAAUAUGAAGAUGAAAAUUUACAUCACCCUCACAAUUUAAACUUAACAUUUCGUAAGAAUCAAGCUUAAUAAAUACAAAAUGAAAAUAUUAAAAUUGCAGAUCGACUAAUGAAAUAAGAACCAGUUUUGAAAUUAGAUGAAUUCUCACAUUCUUAUAAAGAAAAUUAAAGAUUGAUGAUGAGAUUACAACGUUAUCAAUAAUGUUAAAAUUAUAUGAAUAUAAUAAGGUAAUAACUUAUCAAAAUUAUAAAUUAAGAAAUAAUAUGACAUAUUCUUAUAGAGACUCUACAAAUAAUAGCUCAAUUACUUCAAAAAAAAAAGAUAAACCAUAAUAAUAAUUAUCAUUUCAACUUUAACCAAUUAUUAAGUAAUAAUAUAUAGUUAUUUAUUUAUAGUUUAAAAGCUAAAUCUAUUGAAACUAAAGCUUUAGAGAAGAUUAAUGAAAUAAAAGAAAAAGUUCAAUCAUAAAAAUAAGAAGUAGAAUAGUUAUAAGAUCCAUAAAUUAAACCAUAAUUAUCAGAAAUACCAUAAGUUAAUGAAGAAUCAUAAAUUGAAACCAUAAGAUAAGAUGAAACUGUUGAAUAAUAGAUUUAGUAAUAAAUUGAAAGAGAAGUUAAAUAAUAUCAGGAGGAACAAAGUGAUGAUAUUCAAUAAUAAUAAUGA